AUGAGGCCAUCACGAGCAGAGCCUCCUUUUGCCCCGCCCCCACGCCCUGACAAUGAUGGAAAGGUCUUGGCAGGAGAUGUGGAUGAGUUCGCUGACUGGGAGCAGGCCAUGAAAACGCCCGCUGAGCUGCGUUUGAAGUCAGGUGAGCGCUGGCGGGGCUUCAACUUCGGGGCAAAGAGGUCAAUCGCCGGCGAAGUGGUGUUCUGCACGGCCAUGAUGGGCUAUCCCGAAUCGCUGACGGACCCAUCUUUCGAAGGCCAAAUUCUUGUGCUGACAUAUCCAAUCGUGGGCAACUACGGCGUGCCUCCUGACGAGACGGAUGAACAAGGAAUACCCAGGUACUUUGAGGGGUCGCGGAUCUACCCUGUGGCAGUCGUUGUGUCAGAGUAUUCUUUUGCGGCAUCCCAUUAUUCCGCUGUGAAGAGCCUGUCGCGGUGGCUGGAAGAGCACAAGGUUCCUGGUAUUUCUGGCGUUGACACGCGUGCCAUCACCAAACGUCUCCGCCAAGAAGGUUCAGCACUUGGCGCCGUUGUCGUUGGGAAUGAUGCAGCACCGCAGUGGGAGGAUCCCAAUCUGAAGAAUCUGGUGGCCCAAGUGUCCGUGUCCAGCCCCAAAGUUUAUCAUCCGAUCCGUGAUGAAACUGAAGAGGGCAAGCCUCCACUGGUGGUCGCUGUUGAUUGUGGCAUGAAGUUCAACAUCGUGCGCUACUUCGUCCACUAUUUGCGAGUCCGCCUCAAGGUUGUGCCAUGGGACUACGACUUCACCAAGGAGGAGUUUGAUGGCCUUUUCAUCAGCAAUGGUCCAGGUGAUCCAGAGAAGUGCGAAGCAACGGUGAACUGCCUCCGCAAAAUUAUGCAGGAGCGACCCCAGUUGCCUAUCUUUGGCAUCUGCUUGGGCCAUCAGCUCCUUUCCCUUGCUGCUGGCUGCCACACCUACAAGAUGAAAUUUGGCAACCGGGGUGUGAACCAACCGUGUGUCGACCUGCGCACUGGCCGCUGCUACAUUACAUCUCAGAACCAUGGCUUCGCUGUGGACGACUCCGCGCUUCCAGAGGGUUGGCAUGCCCUGUUUACCAAUGCGAAUGAUGGUUCCAACGAAGGCAUUGCUCACAAGGAGAGGCCAUGGUUUUCGGUCCAGUUCCACCCGGAGGCCUGCUGCGGCCCCGUGGACACCGCUUUUCUUUUCGAUGAGUUUUCAAAGAUUCUGAGGAACUCAGCAGGGAGAAGCUUGACAACCAUCAGUUACAAGCACCCGCAAGCGAUUUCAAAGGUGCUGGUCCUGGGAUCUGGAGGUUUGACCAUCGGGCAAGCUGGUGAAUUCGAUUACUCGGGAAGCCAAGCCAUCAAGGCGCUGCGUGAGCAGCACGUGCAAUCGGUUCUGAUCAAUCCCAACAUUGCGACGGUCCAAACGUCCCGGGGCCUGGCUGACCAGAUCUACUUUGUGCCGGUCACGCCUGAGUUUGUAACAAAGGUGAUUGACAAGGUGAGGCCCGAUGGUUUGUUCGCCGCUUUUGGUGGGCAGACCGCCCUGAACUGCGCAGUGGCACUUCACAGAGAUGGCACUCUCAAGAAGUACGGCGUCAAGGUUUUGGGAACGCAAAUCGACUCCAUCGUGGCAACAGAAGAUCGCGAAAUCUUCAAGGUCGGCGUGGAAAGCUUGGGCGAGAAGUGCGCGCAGUCUGCAUGCGCGAACACCUUCGAGGAGGCACGCAAAGUCGCACUGGAGAUCGGGUUUCCGGUGCUUGUUAGAGCUGCGUUUGCGCUGGGUGGUCUUGGAAGUGGCUUCGCAUCAAAUGAGGAAGAGCUUGAGGUGCUUCUGACUCGAGCUUUUGCCACCUCGUCUCAGGUGAUCAUCGACGAGUGCUUGAAGGGAUGGAAGGAACUGGAGUACGAAGUUGUGCGCGAUUCCCGCGACAACUGUUUGGUUGUCUGCAACAUGGAGAACCUGGAUCCAAUGGGCGUGCACACAGGCGAGUCCAUCGUGGUUGCGCCAUCCCAGACGCUGUCAAACGAUGAGUAUCACAGAUUGCGAGCAGUUGCGAUUAAGGUGAUCCGUCAUUUUGGCAUUGUUGGCGAGGCCAACAUCCAGUACGCUCUGGAUCCGAAUUCAAACCGUUACCGUAUCGUGGAGGUCAACGCCCGGCUUUCUCGAAGCAGCGCGCUUGCAUCCAAGGCAACUGGAUACCCACUUGCCUACGUCGCUGCCAAGCUGGCCCUCGGUCACGAUCUUGUGAGCUUGAGGAAUUUGGUAACGCGCUCCACAACUGCAUGCUUUGAGCCUUCCCUGGACUAUUGCGUGGUCAAGAUACCUCGAUGGGAUAUCGACAAGUUCCCCACCGUGGAGCGCACUCUGGGGACACAGAUGAAAAGUGUCGGCGAGGUCAUGUCCAUUGCCAGGUCUUUUCCAGAAGCAAUUCAAAAGGCGCUGCGUAUGGUCAACGAAGGCUCUGUUGGCUUCGACGGGUCCUGGUACCUGCGCGCGCGGUCUGCGGCAGCCGUUUCCCAAAAUGGCAACAUUGAGGAAGAGCUGAGAUAUCCGGGACCGCUGCGAAUGUGGGCAAUUGCGCAUGCCUUCGAGAACAAGUACUCCGUUGAGCAGGUCUAUCAGCUCACCAAGAUUGACAGAUGGUAUUUGGCAAAGCUGUACUCUGUGCAUCAAGGCCGCAAGCGAAUGGAGGGAAUGGGCAGCCUUGAUGCUUUGAAGCAGGCUGGGCCGGAUUUCCUGCGCCGAGUCAAACAGCUCGGCUUCUGCGACAGGCAAAUUGCAAAAGCUGUGGGAGACUCUGCCGAAGCAGUCAUGAAGCUGCGUGCUGGUUGGAACGUCCGGCCCUGCGUCAAGCAGGUUGAUACCCUGGCUGCAGAGUUCCCUGCCAAAACGAACUAUUUGUACCUGUCCUACGUCGGCACCCAGCAUGAUGUGCCUCCACUCAAGAGCGAGAAACUGGCACCCCACAAGGAUUCCCUGUACGACAGUGCUUUUGGCAAGGGCAAACUCGACGAGGAGUCAGGCUUUGGCCUGCCGACGAGGAAGAUUGCAAAGGUGCAUUCCUCUCCCAGGGGGUGGAGCCCCCGUGUGAAGAGUGCUCCAAGCAAAGAGGAACCUCCUCCGCUUGAAUUGGGCGCGGACAAGCAGGACAAAGCAGCCUUCAUCGUGCUCGGGUCGGGUUGCUACCGCAUCGGAGCGUCUGUGGAGUUCGACUGGAGCUCUGUCUCCGCUGUCAGGACGUUGCGAGAGACAGGUCACCGAGCAAUGGUGAUUAACUGCAACCCGGAAACAGUCUCCACGGAUUACGACGAAAGCGAUCGGCUGUAUUUCGAGGAGCUGACUCUUGAAACCGUGAGUGAAAUCUGCAACUUCGAGCAGCCGAACGGCACCAUCGUCUCGGUUGGCGGCCAGACGCCCAACAACUUGGCACCAAAACUGGACAAGAUGGGGAUCAGAAUACUUGGAACUGCGGCAAAGAACAUCGACCGUGCGGAGGACCGCUCCAAGUUCUCCAGCAUGUGCGAUGAGCUCGACAUCGACCAGCCUCAGUGGUCAGAGUUCGUGAAGUUCGAGGAUGCCCUGCUCUUUGCCAACACCGUUGGCUUUCCGGUGCUCGUGCGUCCAUCCUACGUUCUCUCUGGCGCGGCGAUGCGAGUCAUUGACAACGAGGAGCAGCUGAAGACCUUCUUGGGCACAUCUGCAGUCGUUGAGCAGGAGUUCCCAGUGGUCAUCUCCAAGUACAUCGAGGGAGCCAGGGAGAUCGAGUUUGAUGGAGUUGGCUGCAUGGGGGAAAUUAUCAACUAUGCCAUCUCAGAACACGUAGAGGAUGCUGGCACGCACAGCGGGGACGCCACCCUGCUGCUCCCUUCCCAACGCCUUCAUCUGGAAACCAAUCGGCGCGUGAUGCAAAUUGCAGCGCAGCUGUGCAAGGCCCUCAACAUCUCUGGGCCUUUCAAUGUGCAGUUCAUGUCGCAGGAAGCUGGCAGUCGAUCCAUGCGGACGGUGAAAGUGAUCGAAUGCAAUGUGCGAGCAUCACGAACGGUACCGUUUGUGUCAAAAACCUACAACAUCAACUUCAUCGAGCUGGCCACACGUGUCAUGCUGGGUCAGGAAGUGAAACCCAUGAAGGUACACGUGAAUGACUUUGACUUCGUGGCAUGCAAGGCACCCAUGUUCUCCUUCUUGCGGCUCAGCGGCUCUGACCCGCGCGUCGGAGUUGAGAUGCAGAGCACCGGAGAGGUGGCCUGCUUCGGGCAAGAUGCGCAUGAGGCAUUUCUUAAAGCCAUCAUUGCAAGCGGCAUCAAGAUCAAGUUCGAUCCAUGCGGGCUCCUCCUCUCGUUGGGUCCACAGGAGGAUAAGAUGGCAAUCCUGGAGUACCUUCCCUUGCUAGACGAAAUGGGCUACAAGCUGUAUGCCACCAGUGGAACGGCGUCGUUCAUUCAGGCGCAGCGGCCGAAGCGGAAAGGAGUUGAAAUUCCCGUCGCAGUUCUGAACAACGCUGUCACACAAAAGAAGCCCAAUGUGACGGAAGCUAUUGCGGACGAAACUGUUCGAAUAGUCAUUUGCACACCAUCUUCGCGCGAUUCGGCCGGCGCCACUGCCGGGUACUUCCUGCGAAGGAAGGCCCUCGAGUCCGGGGCCACCAUCAUAGUCAAUCUGCGCCAGGCGCUGAUGCUAAUAGACGCGCUUCACCAGAAAUGGAGCACUGAGCGAAACGGCCGUGAGUUUUGGACUCUGCAGUCUUGGCAGGAGUGCCAUCUCAUAGGCUAG